CAACUAUACUUCAUACAAUAAACUAACAUUCCUUAGCUUUCCUCACUCUUUUCUUCUUCUUUUUCUUCUCUCCAUUAACUUCAAUGGCUGUGGUAAACUCUCUUUCAACAUCUUUUCUAGUUACCAAAUCAUCUUUUACAACAAGGACAGUAAGAUUGCCUGUCCAUAGACGAGUAGUGUUUGCAUCAUCAUCAUCAUCGUCAUCGUCAACAACUCCAUGUCAGAUCAAAUCAACUUCGAAAAAUGGGCUUAAGGUAUUUGAAGAUAAGUCAACGGGUGUAGUUUGUUAUAGAGAUGAAUAUGGAGAAAUCACAUGUGAAGGAUAUGAUGAAGGCCCUCGUUUUUGUCACCAACCCCCAAAGUCUCCUUCUAAAUCAAGAGAUGAAGAGAUUGUAGAGCUCCUCCAAAGAAAUUGGUUUCAUAUAGCUGAUGUUGCUGUGGAAUGAAGAGAUUUUGUGCAUUCUUAACGGGUUAAAUCAACUCGAUUAUAUAUAUGCUUCAACUUUAAGCUAAUUAGAUAUUGUUACUCGAAUAUUAUGUAUCCGUUCUGUUCUAUUCAAACUCAUGAUAGUUGUCGUUAUUCUAAUAGCUAGUAUAAUUUCACAAAAAAAUGAGGGGUAUUGGCUUGCUUUUUUUUUUCUUUAUUAAUUAAAAUGUAUAUAAGUAGUACAACUUGUGUAUUAACAAUUUAUUUUUCACUUUCAACCUAAUGUUUUGCUUCCAAUCCUCACAAUUUGUAUAUAUAAGAAUGGAUUUUACUGUUUAGUGACAG